AUGGCGCUGCGGCCGCGCCUGCUGCGCACCUACUCGCGGCGCGGCGGCCACCUCCGCCCGCUGCCGCAGCCCGAGCGCUGGAUCUCGCCGCCGCGCGACCGCAAGCGCCUCUUCAGCUCCACCUCGGCCGCCUCCAGCGCCCGAUCCGACGACUCGGGCGACCCCGACUUCUCGCUGCCCGGCAAGCGCGGCCCGCAGCCGUCGGCCGAGCGGCCCGCGCGGCCCUGGCGCCUGCGGAGCCGCCGCCGCGACGCGGCCGACAAGGAGAACCGCGCCGCCAGCCUCGAGCUCUUCUCGCCGCCCGGCGCCGCGGAGCCACGCUUGGCCCCCGUGCGCGGCGGCCGCACGGCCGUCCCCUGCGGCGGCAGCGGCCUGGCCCCGCUCGAGGCCUCCCCGGCAGCCUGGGAGCAACCGUCACCAGCGAGUGAGAGCGCCAGGGAAGGACAGUCCUGCGAGGGAUCAUCCAGUGACAGGGUGCUGAGAUCGUCAACGCAAGCACAGCGCCUGUCUCAAGCCUCGUUGCCUUUGCAGGGAGCCACUGCGGCACAGGGGACAGUGAAGCCGCAGUGUCCUGCAGCGAGCGAUGGCCCCAGCUUUGAAGGAGGCUGCGAUGAGCAGAGCAGAGGCUCAAGGAGGGGACCCUCGAGCCUCAGGAGGGACCAGCUUACUCCCGAGGUACUCCUGGACCCUCAAGAAGUCACUCGCGUGGCUGGGGUGCAGCAGGACGGACAGCCCUGCCCGCAGCCGGGUUCUCCCUUAGGCCUGCAAGGAGGCGUGGGGAAGAAAUACAAAAGCAGCAAGGUGCUUGCUGGCGAGGGCAGCACGUGUAGGAAGGCCUGCAUCAGCGGCUUCAGCUGCAGCCGCUGGGGCCGGCAGACGCGGCUGCGCCCGGCCCGCCUCAAAAACAAGAGGCAGCAGCAGGCCAAUAACUCCUUUUUCAGACCGCCGAGGAAACAAAGAGGGAUGAAGAAGAAGAACACUUUGGAGAUGGCUGCAGAUGGAAGAGACAAAGACUGCUCUUUCCUCAGUAACUCCCAUUGCUGGGGCAGGCUCCGAUCAUCGUUGUCCUUCCACAAGAAGAAGAAAGUUGCCACAGAGGAGAGUUUCUGCAGCAGCAGCCUCUGUUCCCCUUUGAUGAAAUCCCGCCUUUCAGGCCCCCAAGGAACCCCAUCUGCUCAUAUGGCUCAGUGCUGUAGUCGCUCUGCUUCCUCCAUGGCCCUGCUGGCUCCCAGGAAUUCCUGUUCUGUCCUGGAGAUGAUGCUUACGGAUGCAGAGAAGGUAUACGGGGAAUGCCAGCAGGAGGGGCCUAUCUCUUUUGAGGAAUGCAUUCCCUUUGAUAAGCUGAAAAAUUGCCAGAAAAUUGGGGAAGGGGUGUUUGGGGAGGUCUUCCGGACCCACAGCGAGAGAGGACCGGUGGCCUUAAAAAUAAUUCCCAUUGAGGGGAGUGAGAGAGUAAAUGGUGAAGCUCAAAAGAGUUUUGCAGAGAUUCUACCCGAGAUCAUAAUUUCAAGGGAACUCAGUCUUCUGUCCGAAGAGUCUAUGAACAGGACUGUGGGGUUCAUUAGCUUGUAUUCGGUGCACUGUGUUCAAGGAGCCUAUCCUAAGCACCUUCUGGAAGCCUGGGACAAAUACCACGAUGUAAUAGGAUCAGAAAAUGAUCGGCCAGACCUUUUUGGGGACGAGCAACUCUUCAUGGUCCUGGAAUUUGAAUUUGGAGGCAGUGAUUUGGAGAAUAUGAGAAAGAAGUUAAGUUCAGUAGCAUCAGCAAAAAGCAUUUUGCAGCAGGUCACUGCUUCCCUGGCUGUGGCAGAACAGGAAUUGCACUUUGAGCACAGAGACUUGCACUGGGGGAAUGUGCUGGUCAAGAGAACAGAUGUAAAGGAGCUCAGUUAUGUGCUGAACGGGAAUGUGUGCACAAUCCCCACUGCAGGGAUCCAUGUCAACAUCAUAGAUUACACCUUGUCCCGGCUGGAGAAAGAUGGAUUAACUGUAUUUUGUGACCUGUCCACUGAUGAAGAACUGUUCCAAGGCACAGGGGACUACCAGUUUGAUAUCUAUAGGCAAAUGAAAAUGGAGAACUCCAACAGCUGGACUGACUAUCAGCCACACAGCAAUGUGCUCUGGCUACAUUACUUGUCAGAUAAACUUCUGAAAGAAGUGACCUACAAGAGAAAGGAAACAACUUCUGCCAUGAGAAAAAUAAAGCAGCAGCUCCUUAAGUUCCAUAACGAAGUACUAACUUUUGGUUCUGCAAGUGAAGUUCUGCAUAGCAGCAGCUUGUUCCAGUAAUUAAGGGAGAGCAGUGUUUCUGCAGAUGAAGUUACUGAUGCUGACCUGCAUCAGUACUGUCUUUUUAACUGUUGAUGCGUUGAAGAAAUGUCAUUAUGUGCAUGGGUGAUCAAUGUGUAUAAGAAGUUACCA